GUCUGACUCUCUUAUAGACCCAGCUUCAACUGGCCGCUGGAGGAACUGCAGUUUCUGGCUCUCUGAUGUGGUUUUAAGUUGAAGUCAACAAAAUGUUGAGGAAUCGUAAUAUUGCAGGAUUAAAAAUAAACUAAACUAUAAUACCUUAGAAUAAAUGGAAAAAUAGCUGGUUAGGCUGUUAAAGCCCAGGCUCUUGGAGAUAUUGUGGUGGCAUUUGCAAGUUAAGCCAAAGUCCUUAUAGCGUCCUUGUCUAUAGAGCUCCUGGAUCCCCAUCCUCAGUGUAUUUGACGGACAUCACACACUUGAGUUACCAUGGCGACAGAACCCCAUGCAUAAAAGAAAGUCAGCCUCAUCUCCCUUUGACAGACAGGACUGGAUUUCAGCCACUGCAGCAUCAGCAACACCAGCAGCAGCGACCGAUGCCUCUGAACUCCUCUGAUGGAAACCGGACCACCUCCGCCUUCACCUCCAAACUGACCCCAGCUGCUGACAUAUGCGUGGGACUGGCCAUCUUCUCCAUCGCUCUGCUCUCUGUAAUGGGGAAUGGGCUGGUGCUGGUGAUCUGUUACCUCAGGAGGAAGAAGAUGGUGGGCUCGGAGCUGCUGUGCGUCAACCUGGCUGUUGUCGACUUCCUCAGCUGCAUCUGCUUCUACCCGCUCGCCAUCUUGUCCUCCUUCCACCACGCCUGGCUGGGAGAAAACAUCACGUGCGUUUACUACGGCUUCGGCUGCUACAUCUUCGGCUUGUGCGGCAUGUUCACCAUCACUGCCAUCAGCAUCAUCCGCUACCUAAAGACCUGCUACAGCUUGGCUUACGCUGUGUGGCUGAAAGGAACCAACAUCCGCCUCUUGUGCUGUGCUAUCUGGCUGGUUGCUACAGUGUGGUCCAGCUUCCCUCUGUUCGGCUGGGGCGAGUACGUCCCCGAGCCUUACGGACUGUCCUGCACAAUCGCCUGGCGGGGUUAUCACACCUCCGCCAAGGAUGCCUUCUAUGUCAUCUGCUCCUUUGCCUGCUUCACGCUGGUUCCCGUCCUCCUCAUUGUGGUGUCGCAGUGCAGGAUCCUCUACAAGGUGUCCCGCUUCUCCUACUUGCUGUCUGCUAGGGGCAUCCGCAACAACCUGCGCCGCGCUGAGAAGCGGCUCUCCAUGAUGUUUUUCUGCAUCAGUUUGGGUUUUGUAAUUGCCUGGGCUCCCUACGCUGUCGUGUCCUUCCUUUUCAUUUUCCACAAGGAGCACCGGUACAUGGCUCCGGAGGGUUUCGUGUUUCCCGCCCUCUUCGCCAAAAGCUCCCACAUCUACAACCCAUUCAUCUACUUCUACUUCAACAAGACUUUCCAGCGGGAGCUCCACCGGCUGCUUCUCUCAACCUACCACAAGCUGGGAGGAAACCGAGUUGGGGUCCACGUUACCACAGCCCAUCAGGCCCCAAACCCCAUACAUAUUCAGCUCCAGGAACAAGGAUCCAGCCAAAAGAAUAAAUUGGGCUCGUCUCAGGAUGGAACUCAAAGCAAACAUAAACGCAAAGUACUGCAGAGCAGCAACAACCACAACAGGCUGGUGUACACCUGCUGGGGCUCCACAUCGAAGAAAGCCUCCACAUCGCCAAUAAUAAACCUGCCAGGGCCUCCAUGCCUAUCUCUAUAUAAACAAAUUAAUUAAUUAAUUAAACAACCAUUAGUCUAACCCACGUGGGCCAGGGUACCACGUAGUGUUGCAUUUGAGUUCACUGAGAUGAGCAGUUCACAUAUUUGGGCUAAUUCUGUGUUGCCAGCCGCAGCCUGCACCACUCUGUGUGUGUUGGGGAAGUUUUACAGUAAGAAACUUUUACCAAAUGUCAUCAUCUAUGUGGUCUUAACUGAUCGUAAAGAAAGCUGAAGAGGUAAAAACCACAUCAAAACUGUACAGAUAUUUUUGUUUUUUGCUAUUUUGUCUCGUUUCUUGACUCGUGUUGUUUGGAUGAGCAGCUCUUGAGAAAAGCUGCGACCAGUCUGCCCGUUCUGCACGACUACGUUUUGAACACACACUCACACACAAUCAGUGAAUGUAUCUUUGUCGCUGUCCUCUUUUUCAAACAAUAACUUGCCUGCAUGUGAUACGUUUGCAGGCUCUGUACUGCAUUUGCUGAACUUAUGCGUGAGACUGUGAGAACGUAUUUCGACCAGUGUGUGUCCAAAUACUUCGACUCAGAGA